AUGAAGUCAAUGCUCAUUUUUGGGCUCCUGGCACUCUUUGUGGUAGCCAGCGCCGAGGAGGCGGUAAAGAAGGCUGAGGCCGAGCCAGCACCAGCCGCAUCCGCAACAGAAGAGAAGAAGCAAGAGAAACGUGGAAUUUCCCAUGGCUUGGGCUAUGGCUAUGGACCAUCGGCUAUUGGUGGUGGUGCCAUCUUGGGCUCAGGCAUUGGAGUCGCUGGGCCAGGCAUUGCAGUGGGCGGGCCAGCCAUUGCACAGAUUCCCACCCAAGUGCACACCAACACUGUGGUGAGGACCGUACAGGUGCCCUACCAGGUGGAGCGUCAUGUGCCUUAUCCCGUAGAGAAGACAGUUACGUACCCCGUCAAGGUACCUGUGCCUCAGCCCUACCCCGUCGAGAAAAUCGUUCAAGUGCCUGUGAAGGAAAUCAUCAAGGUUCCCGUCCACAUUCCUCAGCCCUAUCCUGUGGAGAGGAUCGUGAAGGUACCAGUCAAGAUUCCCGUCGAUCGUCCCUACACUGUGCACGUUGACAAGCCAUAUCCAGUCCAUGUGGAUAAGCCUGUGCCCUACACCGUCGAGAAGCGCGUCACAAUUCCAGUUCAGGUGCCAGUCGACCAUCCCGUGCCCGUCCAUGUCGAUCGUCCACCAGUGCCCUACAAAGUGCCCGUUGCUGUGCCCGUCCAUGUUCAGAGCCAUGUGCAGCCUGCCGUUGCCGUCACCCACUCCGUCGGUCCCGCUGUGAUCGGUCAUGGUGUUUCUGGAAUUGGCGUCUCUGGUCAUGGCAUCUCUGGUCUUGGCAUCUCUGGCCAUGGCAUCUCUGGCCAUGGCAUCUCUGGACAUGGCCUCUCCGGACAUGGCAUCUCUGGUCAUGGAAUUGCGAGCUACGGCAUUUCUGGCCACGGCGGCUAUCUCCACAAAAAGAAAUAG